ACUAAUACAAUAAUCAAAGACACACCGAGUCAUGUUUAAUUUUAACAUUAAACAGCAGAGGGUAUAUAUAAGUCGAAUUGGCUCGGUAUUUCACAAAGUUGUAUAACCAGUACUUGGAGGCACUGCAUAUUUUGACUCACAAAACUAGGAUGAGCAAGGACAAACUGACCGAUAUUCUGGAGCCUAUACAGACAUUUGGUUGGGAAACCUAUGUCGCUACAACAGAUGAAGAUGAACAAAUAGACUUCAAUGACGCGGACCUCGAGGUUCUCUUCGAUGAGGUUGUGUGUACUACGAGCGGCCUGAAAUACCUCCAGAAAAGCCAAAUCGGGCCUGUUGAGGCCCCCACACAACUUGUCUUCACGUCUAACUUUGACAACCGAAUGAAUCAUGACCAACACCAUCGGUUCACUGCCCAGAAGGUCACUCAUGCCACGGCCGAGGUACAGUUGAGCCAAGGCUUCACGAGCGGCAAUGAUGUCGGAUUCACCAUCGGUAUUCCAGAACCUGUCGCCAAGGCAACCGCCGGAUUUGGACGCGAAAUGGUCAUCAGCUCGAAGACCACCCACACCGUGGAGAAGGAAUUGUCUUGGUCUGUCGACACCACGGUGUUGGCCCCCAAGAAGGCUAGAACCAUAGCGAGGCUCGAGGUCAAGGAGGAAACAUUUAAAAGUGACUUCCGGGUUUGGGUCACCUUGACAGGAAAGGUGAAGGUCAGGAUCUCAAGAGAUGGGGAGUUUGUAAAAAUGAUCCAAAAUAAAAUUGGCACCCUCCUCGGAGAUCGUUUGCCAAAAUGCGGCGUAUCUGUCAAUGACAGUUCAGGCAGUGUCAAAACUGACAAGAAAUCAGUAACUUGGCUGGUGAAGGGACACGUUGAUUUCAACUAUGGGAUCUCCCAGAAUGUAGAUGUGUCGCAGACAGAUCUCCCUAAGAAGUAAAAUGCCACUUGAUGCACCGCACGAUGCACUGAAUGGUGACCACCGAGUCAAGUUAUGAAACUGUUCUGUGUAAUUCUCACAAACCAUUGUAGUAUUCCAUUUUAAAAUGAGUCAUUAGGUCAAGAAUAAUCGAAUACGUCUUUUCUGACAACUGAAAUAAAAUUGUUUAAUUCACAAA